AUGCCUCUAUCCGAGUCUCCAUACCUAAACGACGCCGCCGGUAUCCUCGGCCAUCUCCUCAUCCUAGGCGGAUCGGGUGCAAUCUUCAGCCCACGUUCUGUCAUCGGAGCAUUCGGUCUCGAAGCCCCAACAGCACCCGACUCUCAAAGACUCGCCGACUUACUCAUCCCACUAUACGGCUUUCGAGAAGUUUCACUCGGGCUAUCUAUGGUCUCUGUUUGGCAUUUCGGAAACACAAAGACGCUGGGAUUGACCACGCUGGCUGUGGUGGUGACUGCGCUUGGUGAUGGAUGGAUAGCGAGGAAGCAGAGGAAAGGUAUGGAGUGGGUGCAUUGGGGUCUUGUGCCGAUUGCGACGGGAUUGGGAGCUGGUCUGCUAGGUUGUUUUGAUUGA